AUGCUCGAGACUCCACCUAGAUUGCACAGUAGGAAACAUGUUCUGGGCUCUCCGAAGUCAUGGCAGGCCACUGACUCGGUGUUCCAGUUCACGGCACUGUAUCGUCGCGGACGUCCGCCUUCCAUCGAGCCUGAGACCGGGGGCCUAGAGUCCGAGUCGCCAGGUCCACCACCGACCGAAGAGCGGUUUCGAAGGCCUCCGGCGGUUGGUCAACAAGAAAUUGUUUCAGAGAAUAUCCCCAGAAGCCCCCUCUCCAUGGGUAGCACAGGUAUCUUGGAGUCCACAAGUAACGGCCAAGGCGUGCCAGCCAACUUGUCGUCUCGAAACUCCCCCGAACCGGUGCAGACAGACCAACAGGGGCACUAUGUUGGACCCUCCUCUGGCGCCUCAUUCCUGUUGAGGAUACAGAGAAAACUUCAGCAACAACCAUCUGCCUUCUCAUCUGAUUCUUCCAUCUUCACAUUUGGCGAUCUGCCGCUUCAGGAACCUCCCACCCGUUUCCUUAUUCUACCUCCUCGAACGACAGCUGACGCCUUGCUGCGUCGAUAUUUCGAGUUUGGCGCAGCUACCCAUCGCUUUCUCCACCGGCCAACCGUUGAGGAGUGGCUCCAUGAGCUAUACGAGACCAAUGGGGUUAUGCGAGAUCCAGCGACAUCAGCGAGCAAGACAGCUCUGCUCUUCAUGGUCUUUGCCAGCGCGGAAAGUUACCCCAGGGAAAAUUCCGGAGGCAAAGUUGAUCCCGCAGCGAGUGCACGAUAUUUCUUUGCGGCAGAAGAGCAGCUGUCUGCAGAAAAGGGGGCCAUCCGCUUGACGAGUGUGCAGGCCAGGUUGAUGCAGUGCUUUUUCCUCCUUUGCCACUCGAGAAUAAAUCAUUGCUGGAGCUUAUUUGGCACCACCGCUCACCUCAUGCUCGCCUUGGGUAUCCAUCGCAAAUCGCAUAGGAACUUGGACCAUGUUGAGGUGGAGUGCCGCAAGCGAACUUUCUGGUGUGCGUAUAACUUGGAUACAUAUCUGAGUGCUUCCUUGGGUCGUCCGCGAACCUUUCGCGAGGGAGAUAUUGAUCAAGAAAUGCCCCUGUGUGUCGACGAUGGCCGACUGAGCAAUGGUGGGGUACCGCCUCAUCCCCCUCCGAAUGGACAAUCUUUGACAAUUAUGUCGGGAGCGGUUGCGCAUAUCAAACUCUCGCGAAUUGUUGGCAAUAUCCUCCACGACUUGUACGACAUUCACCCUCCAUCAACAGAGAGCUUAUUCAAGUUGGCUGCCAAAUACACCAAAGAAAUCGAAUCCUGGCGUAUCGAAGCAUCUUAUCUCGUGGACAAAAACGCGAUUGAUCCGUCUCUUCUACAGCCCAUCUUCCGACGUCAACAAAAUGUCCUCAGUCUGGCAUCUUGGCAUGCGCAAAUUCUUGUGCAUCGGCCCUUUUUACUGAGCAACUUUUCCAGCUUGGCGAAUCUUGGGUCUACGAAGCAUAGAAAGACACAGAGAGAUGCAGAGCUUGCCGAUUGGCACGUCCAGAGUUGCUUGAAUGCAGCCAUGAAUAUCAUGGCCAAGUUUGAUGAGCUGAACUCUGUGGGACAGCUGUACAACACAUUCUGGUUUUCACUUUAUUUUGCGUUCUGCGCUGUGGUCAUGGUGUAUGUCUACGCGAUUCAGCAGCGACACUCACCUCCUGAAUCGUAUAUGAAUGCUUUUCAAGUUGCAACAAAAUGCCAAUCUCAGAUAAUGAGCAUUGCUAUGCCCGGAUCGCUGGCUCAUAGAUAUGGUCUGGUGCUUCAAGAGCUUCGACUGGAACUUUUACGCCUCAACACCCAUCUGAUGAGACUUACCGCGUCACAAGGAGGAGCGAUCGCAGAUAAUAUAGGUAUAGAUAUGGGACAAACGGAUGCGCACCCUAGCAUGCCACCCGAAAAUAAUCACGUCGAGGGAGAAAUCGAUCCAGUGAAUCAUUUAGGGCUAGGUGACGACGUACUUGGGUUUGUUGACGGCAGUCCUGGAAGCUCCAUCGUGCAGAUGGCUGGCUGGAGUCAGUUUGAUUCUUUGGUUACGGGUGGUUUUGGGUCUUUCAGGUCCUAUCUUGGCGAGACGGAUAUUGGCCUUGAGCCUUGGAUCGACUUUUUGUCAAAGUAG